AUGAGCUCGAGUCACACUUAAACUCUCCCUGAUUCUUGCACCACCACCUGCCUACCAAAAAUUCCGCAAUUCCACCAUGGCUGCUGCUGCUAGAACCCUUCGCAUUGGUCUCAUCCCCGGAGACGGUAUCGGACGGGAGGUCAUCCCGGCCGGUCGCCGCGUUCUGGAGGCUCUCCCCUCCUCGCUGAACCUGAACUUCAGCUUCGUCGAUCUGGAUGCCGGAUUCGACACCUUCAAGCGGACCGGUACCGCUCUGCCGGACAAGACGGUCGAGACCCUGAAGAAGGAGUGUGAUGGCGCUCUGUUCGGAGCUGUGAGCUCCCCCAGCACCAAGGUCGCCGGGUACAGCUCACCCAUCGUCGCGCUCCGCAAGAAGCUCGACCUGUACGCCAACGUGCGGCCCGUCAAGACCACAGCCGGGGGCAGCCACAACGGCAAGCCGAUCGACCUGGUGAUCGUGCGCGAGAACACGGAGGACCUGUACGUGAAGGAGGAGACGACGCGCGACACGGCGGAGGGCAAGGUGGCCGAGGCGAUCAAGCGGAUUUCCGAGCGGGCGAGCUUCCGCAUCGCCAGCAUCGCGGGCGAGAUCGCGCUGCGGCGCCAGAAGAUCCGCACCGCGGGCCCCCCGGGACUGUCCACGACCGCCCGCACCAGCCCGAUGGUGACGAUCACGCACAAGUCGAACGUGCUCUCGCAGACGGACGGGCUGUUCCGCGAGACGGCGCGGCGCGCCCUGGCCGCGGACCGGUUCGCCGGCAGCGUCGAGGUCGAGGAGCAGAUCGUCGACUCGAUGGUCUACAAGCUCUUCCGCCAGCCCGAGUACUACGAUGUCAUCGUCGCGCCCAACCUGUACGGCGACAUCCUGUCCGACGGCGCCGCCGCCCUCGUCGGCAGUCUGGGCUUGGUGCCUAGCGCCAACGUGGGCGAUGGCUUCGCCAUCGGCGAGCCCUGCCACGGUAGCGCCCCCGACAUCGAGGGCAAGGGCGUCGCCAAUCCCAUCGCCACCCUCCGCAGUGUCGCCCUGAUGCUCGAGUUCCUCGGCGAGGAGGCCGCCGCCGCCAAGAUCUACGCCGCCGUCGACGCCAACCUCGAUGAGGGCAGGUUCCUCUCCCCCGAUAUGGGCGGGAAGGCGACCACCCAGCAGGUUCUGGAUGAUGUCCUCAAGCGUAUGUAAGAGGGUAACGCUGCGGUUUGGUGUAUAUUAGCGAGAGGUAGGGAUUGGGUAGAAGUACACAAAAAGUAGGAACAAUUGCGGUUUUGUAUGCCUGAUAUAGCCGGAUUGGGGAAAAGAAUUGAUGUUCAUGCUGUUAGCGACUCGUCUGUGUGGUGUACAGUAACUUAGGAGCUUGAAGUAGUUAACGG